UGGAGCACAUGAUCCAGAAGAACCAGUGUCUCUUCACCAACACCCAGUGUAAGGUUUGUUGCGCCUUGCUGAUUUCUGAGUCUCAGAAGCUGGCACAUUACCAGAGCAAAAAACAUGCCAACAAAGUGAAGAGAUACCUAGCAAUCCAUGGGAUGGAAACAUUAAAGGGAGACAUGAAGAGACUAGAUUCAGAUCAGAAGAGCAGCAGAAGCAAAGACAAGAACCAGUGCUGCCCCAUCUGUAACAUGACCUUUUCCUCCCCUGUUGUGGCCCAGUCGCACUACCUGGGGAAGACCCACGCAAAGAACUUAAAGCUGAAGCAGCAAUCCACUAAGGUGGAAGCUCUGUUGAAACACCUUACAAAUCCUUUCCUUGUGGCCUCCACCUUAGCCUUCCACCAGAAUAAAGAGAUGAUAGACCCAGACAAGUUCUGCAGCCUCUGCCAUUCAACUUUCAACGACCCUGUCAUGGCUCAACAACAUUAUGUAGGCAAGAAACACAGGAAGCAGGAGACCAAGCUCAAACUCAUGGCACACUAUGGGCGAAUGGUGGACCCGGCUGUCUCUGACUUACCAGCUGGGAAGGGCUAUCCCUGCAAGGCGUGUAAGAUAGUGCUGAACUCCAUAGAGCAGUACCAAGCUCACGUCAGUGGCUUCAAACACAAGAACCAGUCACCAAAAACAGUGGUGUCACCCUUGAGCCAGAUGCCAGUGCAAAGGCACUCCACUCCAAAGGACUUGAGCAUGGUGGAAGGCUAGAGGUGUUUCUGCCUGGUCAGCCUGGUUGGGACAGCCAUGGGCUAGUUUCCAGUGACUGUGGUCAACCCUUGGCUCUGUCUUCCUCCUUGUAUCAGGAGAACAUGGAGGCGUAAGGCCGAAUUGGUCUUCAGACAGCCUCUGAUUGGGUCCAGACAAAGCUCUUCCUGCUGCCCCUCUUUAGUAUGGCCCUGUAGGUCAUGAUUGGGGAGACAGAGAACCCAAAGUAGUAGUUCGGAGGAUGGCCCUCCCCAGGCCCAUGGGCUGCAUGUCCUGUAUAGGCAUGCCCUGCAAUGCCUGUUUUUCCUUUGAAGAUCAGUUUGGAAAUUUACAGCUCAAGAAGACCUGUUCCUGGGCUCCAGGCAUCUCCUGGGAAACCAGAGUUUUCCUGAACUCUUUGCUAAGGCAGGAAACAGUAGAUGGAAGUGGCUGCUGCCUGAAAACUUGGAAGCGAUGUAACAUGCCCCCUCCCUCCAAAAUGUGCAAGCCUUCCUGGUACAGAUUCUGCCAAAUGUGAAGUCUCUUUGGCAUACACAUGGUCCUGGCAGAGUACUACCAUCUCUGUUGCCCGUCUCUACGGUUCCUGAAUGGUGCUAAGGAUCUGCAGCAGCUAGGGACAAGCUGCAGUUAGAGGAGGCCUCUGUGCCCAGUGGGAUCAUGGGAAGCACUAGUUGGGGAGGCGGAGCUUUCUCCAUCAGAGGUGCUCAGACCCAGGGUCAUGUGAGAAAUGCCCCAUUUGCUACCCUUCUUGAUGAUUCUGUGCCUUUAAAGGCACACUGCCUCAUGCCAGCCCCUGAGAGGUUAAUUCAUAUUAAACACUAUUCGCCCUCUGCAGUGGACCAUCCACCCGGGUUGCCUUGCCAGGGAGCCAGAGGGCCCCUGAGGAAGGAAUGGAGAGCUAGUACAGGUUUCCACAUUGAGGAAACCAUUGUUCCCCAGGCCCCAAACUUGGGUUUUUCUAACUGUUGUGAUCUGGGACUCCUCUGGGAGUGGCUUCUUUCCACAAAGCUUUGGGAGCAAGAAUUCCAGGAAAUAACACCACAACUCUUUAUUGAGUUAAAGAAACCCAGCUGCUAUGGUGGUCUCUCCCCUUAACCGCCCCCACCACCACUACCACAUCCCCUCAUCCCUUCACUUGUAAAAUGCCAUUGGGUACUGUGUGGGUAUUUGUGCUACCCUGUGUUUGGUCACUGAACCAUCCAAAUACUUUGUUCCAUAAGCCAAGUUAUAGCUUCACAGACCUGGGGUUGGAAGCCAGAUUGAUACUGGAUUUAGUAUGUCUAUCUUGACCCUUCUUCCCGCACAAUCAGAGUCCCUGGGUCCUCAGUAAUGAUCUUAAGAGUCAGGAUAGAGACAGGCACAUUGCUUGAUACCCUAGUAAAAGUCUCCUGGUUCCCCUAAACUCAGUACGAUUUCAUCCACGUCUCCCUUCCACAUGGGGCCUUCUGAGGGUCUUUGGAGGGUUUAGGCCUUGGAGUCUGCUUUACACUUGGGAUAGUUAUUCUAACUGUUGAGGACUGCAGGAGGACUAGUGAGAAAACUUUUGUCUUCAAGGCCCUCUCCUGGGUAAUCCCAUCAGGGUAGAUCCCCAUUAACCCCAUGACCAGGGGCUGUGUCUUAAGUGCUGAAUAAAUGAAUGGAUGAAUGAGAGUGUUUAAAGACAGGUGUCCUUUUCCUGCUCAGUUUUUAGAGCUGUAAGUUUGCUCCCCAGGGCUUUUCAUAGGCCUGCUGGUUCUUGAAAGAGCCUUUUUCCAUGGCUCAAAUGAUAGGGAAUGGGUAUUACAUACAGCCUUGGGAACUUGUACAAGAUGGCCAGACCAGGCAAACUUAGCUCCAGUUCCUCACAGUAAGUAUGUAGUGUUGUUCCUGCCUUUCACCAGCUGUGAGAGGCUCUACUUACCUCCCAGAUAGGUUCUCAGCUUUCAGCUUCCCAACCAUAUACCACCUCAGCGAUUUGCCAGUGUUCUGUGUUCCCACUGUCAGAACUGGUCCUGAUUACUAAACAAGGUAGUGAAGGGCAGGGUCAUGAAUGGGCUGCCCUGUCAUGAGCCCUUGUCUUGUAAGAUCCUGUUUAGAUUCAGGAGUCACAGCUGUAUGCCCAGGGCUGUUGGAGAGGGGACAGUAGAAGUAGCCUUUCCUUGUCCUCUGGGCGCUCAUACACUUAAAAGGCACUUGUAGAGAGUUAUUAGAACACAGUGGGAAUGCCCAGGAUGCAGGCACUAAACUGGGACUGUGAAGAAGCUAGAGUUGAGAAAUUAGCAUCUGAGCUAUAUAAUUUGGGGCUUUUGUUCUGUUUUGAGACAGGAUCUCAUGUUGCCCAGGCUAGCCUCAAACUUGUCAUGUAGCUGAGGCUGUCCUUGGACUUCUGCUCCUCCCCUGCCUCUACCUAAUGCUGGAAUGUGCCACCACAUCUAGCUUCGUUCAUAUUAUUGUCUAUAUGAGGUUUGUUCAUUUUUUUAGACAGGGUCUUCUGUAGCUCCAGCUGACUCUGAACUUG